AUGGCUAGACUGAUUAUUCAACUUGUUUUACUUGGAUUGUUAUUGAGUUGGACUGGAUGUAUUCCCGUGCGGCCGGCUGUUUUUGGCACAAACUAUACACUGGCUCGAAAUGGCACUUUGUAUCUUUAUGGUAAGUCGGAGUUUUUGAUUAAGGUAAAGAAUAAUAGUGAUGGUCCAGUCGUAUUUGGAUAUUAUUCACCUUAUAAUGACAAACUAAGGGUUAUUGAACAUAUUUAUAAGCUGGAUAGUAUUGAGAAACUUUGUUGUUAUUUGUGUACGUUUAAGAGUUUAACUGAUGAUUUAUUACUCCUGCCUAACCUUAAAGAGAUUUGGAUUGAAAACUGUAGUGAAUUUGAAGAUUUGGGACUGGCUAUCAAAGAUCUGACGUCACUGCAAACUAUUUCUAUUAAAGAAUGUCCGAUGUUUACGCAGGUAAGUGAAAAUGUGCCAUAUUGUAGUUCUCUUGAGAACUUAGCUAUUACUCAUUGUGAGAACUUAUCUGGGUUUCCGACUUAUUUUGGUAUGAACUCAGGACUAGUUUAUUUAGACUUAUCAUAUAACGGCCUUAAAGUAAUUCCGAGGGAGGUUGAAAAUCUAUCCCAUUUGAUUUAUCUUAAUUUGGCUUAUAACCAACUCACCGUGAUUAUUGAAUAUAUGUCUGAUCUAGAACGACUUGAGGAAGUUAUUUUGACCGGUAAUCAGUUGGAGAAAGUACCAAAAGGUCUUUUUAAUAUUGCGACUUUACGGGCUAUUGAUAUAUCUGAUAACCCUAAGAUUAGUACUUUUGGUAGACUUAAGAGUUUACCUAGUAAGUUGGUUAGUAUUGAUGCUUCCAAGACCAGUAUUACAGUAAUUCCCGCCGAGAUUAUUAUGGCUUUAGAUAAGGAGAUGAGGUUCAAAUUGAACGUGCGAGGAUGUCCAUUAUUAGUUCAUGGCGACUUUUAUUCUUGUUAUGGGUACCGGGAACUUUACUGGGCCUACUCCUCCCAAAUUACCUUAUCAGAUGAGAUCUAUCAGGAACUGAAAAAGCCUAAUUCUAUCCUAACAACUCCAAUCACGCGUGUUUUUCGUUGGAAACCGGCUGAAAUCAAGAAACUCGGUCCUAAUCAGUUAAGUAUUGAAGAACUAGCAUUUUAUACGGCUAAAGAUCGCAUCAACCAUUUUAUUAACAUUAAUCUGUACGAUUUGAAAGUUAAGCAAACUGCGCGAUUAAUCAAUCAUAAUAUUAAGUCUCUUCCUACUUCGCUUAUGGAGUACUGGAAGUCCAUUCUUCAUUUGAAAUUUGAUGUGGGCCUAAUUGAUAGUCCCACCAAUCGAACUUAUCCACACGAGUAUGCGGCUAGUGAUCCGUACAAUGGCAGCCAGCAGGAAAUUGCCGAUGCCUUUUUGUCCUUCUUCUCAGUUGAGUCUGCCAUUCUGUACUUAGUUGAUGCCAUUAAUCAGAAUAAUGACAUUUGUACAAGAAUAUACUUCUAUGGCGAUUAUCGGCUGCGCGAUUCUAGUAAUCCUAAAGCAGCCCAGCUCGAUGAUUUCCGGGCCUGUUGCGAAAAGACGACUCAAGUGAAUCCUAAGAUCGUGCGGAUCCUCUUAGCCGAACUAGGGUACAUUGAAGAUCCAAGUGCAGCUGUGUCAUCUGAGGAGAUUAGUCUAUUUGAUGGUCGUCUAGCAGUCUUUUCAGAAUCACGAGUUCAUGGUCGGUUUUGGCCGGAUUCAGAUUGA